AUGUCGAAAUUCGAUCCCUACGAACAUCUGAACGUCUCCCUAAACUCCGACGGCUCCCUCACCCGCUACGUCAAGCUUCCGACCUCCGCUGCCACCGGCGAAGCUCCUCGGAACCCCAGCGAAUCAGCCCUCAGCCAUGACGUAACUCUCAAUUCCGACAAGAAUACAUGGAUGCGAAUCUACCGCCCCGCCAGGAUCCCUUCCAACGACAACGCCGUCGUCCGCCUUCCGAUCAUCUUCUAUUUCCGUCCCGGCGGCUGGAUUCAGAGGAGCAUUGCCGAAACUAUCAUCCAUGGCGGCAACGAGAGGUUAGCCGCAGAAGUGCCUGCCAUCGUCGUCGCCGUCGAGUACCGUCUCGCGCCGGAGAGUCGCCUCCCGGCGCAGUACGACGACGCUAUCGACGCCGUCGUUUGGGUUAGGAACCAGGCGGCGAUCGGGAACGACGGGUUUCCAUGGAUUAGGGAUUUCGCCGACCGCACCAGGUGCUACCUCUACGGUGCCAGCUGCGGCGCCAACAUCGCCUUCCAGGCGGCGCUCCGCCUGCCGGAGAUUGAUCUGAAGCCGCUGGUGGUCGCCGGAACUAUUCUGAACCAGCCGUUCUUCGGAUCGAUGAAGCGGACGAAGAGCGAGCUGAAACUGGCGACCGACCAGUUCUUCCCGUUGCCGGUCCAGGACCUCCUCUGGGAGCUGGCGCUGCCGCCGGGGACCAACCGCGACCACCAUUACAGCAAUCCGUUUACUUACAGAGGGAUGCAGGAGAAGCUCAAAUCCCUGGGGAGGUGUUUGAUUAUAGGAUUCGCCGGCGAUCCGUUGGUCGACCGGCAGCAGGAUUUUGUACGGAUGCUGGUGGAGGAGGGUAUCAUGGUGGAGGCGCGUUUCGACGACGCGGGGUUCCACGGCAUUGAUUUGAUCGAUUCCCGGCGGGCCUCGGCGAUUCACAGUUUCAUCAAAGACUUUGUUUAA